GGCCCGAGCCGAGCUCCGCAGGCAGCGCGGGGAUGGCCGCCGGGGGCUGUCCCGGCCGCCUGCUGCCGCUUCUGCUGCUGGUACUGCUGGUACUGCUCGCCCUGCUCCGGCCGGGCCGCGCCGCGGCGGCUGAGAGCUGUGUAUGCAAAGGUAAAAGUCCUUGCUUUUGUGACGGCACAAAAGGUAAUAAGGGUGAAAAAGGUUUCCCUGGUGUCCCAGGUCCACCUGGUCAUAGAGGCUUUCCCGGUCCAGAAGGGCCUCCAGGGCCACAGGGGCCAAAGGGUUCACCAGGACUUACGGGCUUAGUUGGACCCAAAGGUAUACGGGGAGCCCCAGGAAUACCUGGAUUUUCAGGUCCCCCAGGUCUUCCAGGUGAACCAGGAGCUGCUGGCCCUCCUGGACGCUCGGGUGUUCCAGGAUGCAAUGGCACAAAGGGCGAUCAAGGUUUUCCAGGUCCUCCAGGUAGAAGAGGUGCUCCAGGCAUUCCAGGUGUCACUGGCAUUAAAGGAGAGAAGGGGUGCCCUGCAGAUGGAUAUAACCAGGGAUAUGAUGCAAAAGGUGAUCCUGGGUUGCCAGGAAUGCCUGGACUUCAGGGUGCCCAGGGUGUUCAAGGAUAUCCUGGGGAAAAUGGACCACAGGGCCCUCCAGGAACUUCAGGAAUGCCAGGGAGACCAGGACCUCCUGGACCUAAGGGUCUUAUGGGAAUAAAAGUAAUAGGAACCAAAGGAAGAAAGGGUGACACUGGAUUAACUGGACCCCCUGGACCACCAGGAACCGUUAUUGUGACAUUGAGUGGACCAGACAACAUGACGGACUUGAAAGGAGAGAAAGGGGAAAAAGGAUCAAGAGGACUUCCAGGACCUAUGGGGUUUACAGGGCCAGUUGGUGAUUCUCUAAGUGAAAAGGGUGACCGAGGAGAACCCGGAGCACAGGGUAAACCUGGAAAAGAAGGUGCCCCAGGUCCACCUGGCUUACCGGGACAAAAGGGUGAACAGGGCAAACCAGGAGUGGCUGGCAGACAAGGAGCUAAGGGGAUAAAAGGCAACACUGGUCCGCCUGGAGCUUGUGGUCGAACAGAGUAUUAUGAUAAUGUAGUUGGUGAUAGGGGAGAUGAAGGACCCCCUGGACCUCCAGGACCAAAAGGUCAACGUGGUAUGCCUGGGCCACAGGGUCCUCCUGGAGGUGCUGGUAGACCAGGUGUGUCAAGACCUGGUCUGAGAGGUCCCCCGGGAUUUCCUGGCCCAAAAGGAACAAAAGGAGAAAAAGGACGAACGGGCUUGUGCAUUGUAGGCCCUCCAGGACUACCUGGGAUUACUGGCAGACCUGGUUCUGUUGGAUUACCAGGUCCUCCAGGAGAACCAGGUAGAGUAAUAUUUAGAACAGGCCCACCAGGACGUCCUGGAGAGCCAGGGUAUGCAGGACCUCCAGGACCUCCAGGAGAUGUUGGCAUGAAAGGUGAUGAAGCUUACGUGUGUACUGAUUGUAGCUAUGUUCCGGGAACGCCUGGUCUUCCUGGUUCGCCUGGGCCACAUGGCCAGGAUGGCAUCCCUGGUAGGGAAGGAACACAAGGUCCCAAAGGAGCUCCAGGUUCUCCAGGAGCACCAGGUUUUCCAGGAGCUCAAGGACCUCCAGGUUUUAAAGGAGAUCAAGGACAUAAAGGAUCAAAAGGUGAGCCAGGAUACGUGUAUCCAGAAGGGCCAAAAGGUGAGCAAGGAGAUCCAGGGUCCAGGGGAGACAAAGGAAGAAAAGGUUCAAGUGGAUUCCUGGGAAGACCUGGCCCAAAGGGCUACAAGGGUUCUAAAGGUGAAGAGGGAUUGUCUGGCACAAAAGGAGAUAGAGGACUACCUGGACUGCCUGGUAAUCCUGGUCUCCCUGGAGAGAUGGGGCUUCCUGGACCACCAGGUUAUGGGCCACAAGGAAUAAGAGGUUUCAAAGGCUCUAAAGGAGUACCUGGUCCUCCUGGAUUGCCUGGAGAAGCUGGUCUGAAAGGAGAGACCAGUAGGAUAACUCCAUUGCCUGCAUUGCCAGGACCUCAAGGACCAGAUGGUUUACCUGGACCCCCAGGGGUGCCUGGUAGGGUCGGAACAAAUGGUCAGCCAGGUGAUCCAGGACAUCCAGGGCCAACAGGUGACACAGGCUUUCCAGGGCUUGGGUUUCCUGGAAACCCAGGUCCAAAAGGAGAUAAGGGACGUACUGGAGGCAGAGGAUCACCAGGUUGUGAAGGAAAAAUUGGAGAGCCAGGCCGAGCUGGAAAUCUGGGACAACCAGGAGAAAAGGGGGACCCAGGCAUGAUUAUUCAUGGAGAGCCAGGCAGACUUGGUUCACCAGGAAGUCGUGGCAUUCCUGGUCCAAAAGGUGAUACGGGAUUUCCAGGACUUCCAGGCCUACCAGGACGUGCUGGACAUGAUGGUGAUGAUGGCCUAAGAGGAGAUCCUGGCUCACCUGGAAUUCCAGGGGAUCCAGGUUUUCCAGGGAAACCUGCUGAGUGUCUUACUGGCCGGCCAGGUUUGCCAGGUGGCCAGGGAGCUACAGGCCCACCAGGAGGAAGAGGUUCAUUAGGUUCAAAAGGAAAACUUGGUCCUCCUGGCUUGGGUAUCCCAGGGAUCUAUGGAAAACCAGGGGAACCUGGCUUAAUUGGUCUUCAGGGAAACACAGGAUUACCUGGUCUCAAGGGACGGUCUGGAAGACCAGGAAUCGAUGGUGUGCCAGGCCCUAGGGGAGAGCCAGGUAUAAUGGGGCCAUUAGGAAUUCCUGGACCCCCAGGCAUGAUUGGAAGUCCAGGCAACCUGGGUGUCAGAGGUUCUUUUGGCUUCCCAGGACUAAAAGGAAGAAAGGGGUUUCUUGGAGCAAAAGGUGAACCAGGUGAUAAAGGUUUUCCUGGACCAUCUGAGACCUUGGUUGGCAUUGGAAAUAAAGGAGAACAAGGCCCAAAAGGAGUCCAAGGAAGGAUGGGUCUAAGAGGAGAAAAAGGAGAUGCAGGUGUACAAGGUCCCCCAGGUCUUGUUGGAUCUGAAGGAGUACCUGGUAUACCAGGUGCCAAAGGAUUUAUGGGUCUUCCAGGGAUUCCUGGAGGGCAAGGAUUCCCAGGUGCACCAGGAAACAAAGGGAACAUGGGAAUUCCAGGUUCAAAAGGACAGAAAGGAUCUCCAGGCUUUCCAGGACCAUCAGGUGACCCUGGUCCAACAGGCUAUGGUGGCUUUCCAGGUGAAAAAGGAGACCCUGGGCACCCAUCUCCUGGGCCCCCAGGAGAACCUGGUCCAAAGGGAGAUACAGGUGCUCCUGGACGUUUGGGCAGCAAAGGAGAAAAAGGGUCCCAAGGUCAGCCAGGACAUAAAGGAGUACCAGGGCCACAUGGGAUCAGAGGAGAAACAGGAGUUGCAGGAAUCCCAGGGAAACCUGGACCUCCUGGAGGUGUUGGUGUUAAAGGACAGGAGGGUCGCCCAGGACAACAGGGCAUUAUAGGCCCUCCUGGUGCUGUUGGAUACCCUGGAGAAAAUGGACUUGUUGGUGAAAGAGGCAAUCAGGGUCGGGAUGGUAUGCCUGGUCCCCCAGGAGUAAAGGGAGAACCAGGGGCACCAGGGAGAGGUAUCCCUGGCCUUCGAGGUGUUCCUGGUCGUAGAGGAAUCAAAGGGGACAUGGGGCUGCCUGGUUUUCCUGGGCCACCAGGUGUGAAAGGUCAUCAGGGUGAUCAAGGACCCAUUGGACCUCCUGGCUUAAUGGGGUUACCUGGAUUUCAUGGUGCAACAGGCAUGGCAAUUACUGGCCCAAAAGGAAAUAGAGGCCUUGCUGGUGCAGAUGGAAGACCAGGUGCGCCUGGUUUUCAAGGGUUGCCUGGUCUUCCCACUCCCAGCAUGAAAGGAAACAAAGGUGCUAGAGGGGCAGAUGGCAUACCAGGGCCAACAGGUCCAACUGGCGACAGUGGUCCUCCAGGUCCAAAAGGAAUAGAAGGUCGACCAGGUUAUCCUGGUGCUAGAGGGGACCCUGGUUUUCUUGGAUUUCCAGGUGUAAAAGGAGAAAAGGGUAAUCAAGGACCCCCUGGACCACAAGGUGCAGAAGGGCCAAGGGGACCAAAAGGCCAACGUGGUCCACCUGGAGUCCCUGGGAAAAUAUUCUCUGUCCCAGGAAGCAAGGGGCCUCCUGGACUGCCGGGAGUCCCAGGAACACCAGGAGAUCAAGGAAUUCAAGGGAUUCCUGGGCUACAAGGACCUAAAGGAGUAAAAGGUCUACCAGGAAGCUUUGGUCGUCCAGGUCAACCAGGACUGCCUGGUCUAAAAGGAGACCAGGGACUUCCAGGAGAAAGAGGACAACCUGGACUGAUUGGCUUUCCUGGUCUACAGGGGUUACCUGGAUCACCAGGUACUAUCAUCACUGGUCCAACAAGAAGAGGUUUUAUCUUUACCCGGCAUAGUCAAACAACAAAGAUUCCUUCGUGUCCGCCAGGGACAUCACAGAUCUAUGUUGGCUUUUCGCUGCUUUUUGUUCAAGGAAACGAACGAGCGCAUGGACAAGACCUUGGAACAGCUGGUAGCUGCUUGCAGAGAUUUACCACUAUGCCAUUCUUAUUCUGUAACACCAAUGAUGUUUGUAGCUUUGCUUCUCGCAACGACUAUUCAUACUGGCUGUCAACUGCAACAGCAAUGCCAGUAGGCAUGGCACCGAUUUCUGGCAGAGCACUAGAGCCCCAUAUAAGCAGAUGCAUUGUCUGUGAAGGACCUGCAAUGGUAAUAGCAGUUCACAGCCAAACAACUGUAGUUCCUGCAUGUCCAGAAGGCUGGAUAUCUCUCUGGAAGGGUUUUUCUUUUGUUAUGUAUACAAGUGCUGGCUCAGAAGCUUCUGGCCAAGCGCUGGCAUCUCCUGGAUCUUGCUUGGAAGAAUUUCGAGCCAUCCCAUUCAUAGAGUGCCAUGGCAGGGGCACGUGCAACUACUACACAAACUCCUACAGUUUCUGGUUGGCAUCACUAAAUCCACAAAGAAUGUUCAGGAAACCUCUGCCACAGACACUGAAAGCAGGAGAACUAGAAAACAUCAUCAGUCGUUGUCAGGUCUGCAUGAAGAGACUAGUGUAA